GUCUUAACAAGCAAAGUAAAAAAUGGCUUCAAUUAUUGUGUUUUUCGUGUGUUUAGUGAGUUUAGUGCAAAGUUAUCCAAAAAGCUCAUAUUUUCAAGAUGAAUUUCAACAUAAUGAUUAUUUUGAUCAUCAACAUCACCAUCAUUAUCACCAUGAUCACGAAGAUAAUGAAAUUUCAAAUACUUUAGUACUAAGUCAUGUGAUUUUCAGGCAUGGAAACAGAACACCAGAUAGCUUCCAGGAAUUAUAUCCCAACGAUCCAUAUCUUAAUGAAACUUACUAUCCAUACGGAUUGGGCCAACUUACUAAUGCUGGAAAACUUCGUGAAUAUUCCAUUGGCACUUCACUGCGUUUUCGUUACAAAUCGUUCCUCAACGACUUAUUUUUACCAAGUGAAGUUGAGGCAAUUUCAACCGAUUAUAAUAGAACCAAAGCUUCCCUAGAACUGGCUUUGGCAGGCUUAUUUCCAACAAAAAACGAACAAAUUUGGAACCCAGAUAUACUGUGGCAACCUGUACCAUACAACUAUUUACCUAGAAGUGAGGAUAAAGUUUUACUUGGAGUUUUGUGUCCUAACUUUUUAAAGGAGUACGAUGAAGUUGAAAGGUCUUUGGAGUAUAGGAAUAAGUUAAAAAAAUUCAGGAAGGUUUUUAAUUACGUGGCAAAAAAUUCCGGUCUUAACGUUACCACAUUUCAACACAUUUACAAUCUCUAUUUUGGCUUAUCAACUGAAGAAGAAUACGGUUUAGUUUUACCACAAUGGACCGAGAAAGUGUGGCCUGAUAUAAUAACAGAUUUAGCCAUGAAAGAAUAUUCUGUGAUGAUGGCUACUCAAAAUUUAAGAAAAUUGGCUUCAGGAUAUUUCCUGAAAAAAAUCCUCGCAGACACGAAAGCUAAAAUGCUCAAUACUAAUAAUGAAAAGAAGAUUUACUUGUAUUCGGCUCACGAGAAUAAUGUGGCUCAAUUUUUGAUUAUGCUUGGAGUGUUUGAGCCUCACAUUCCAAAUUAUGGCGCUCACGUUAUAGUCGAAUUGCACCAAAUUAACGGAGAGUAUGGAUUUAAAGUUUUUUAUCAAAAUUACAAUAGUGAAGAGCCGGAGCAGAUGCAAAUUCCUAACUGCGAAGCUUUUUGCGAAUUUGGUAAAUUUGUGGAGCUUUUUAGAAGCUUUAUACCCGACGACAGCCUUUGUGGAAACUAGAAUUUAAGCACAUUUAUUUAUUCAUUUAUUUAUUUAUUUAUUUAUUUGUAUAUUUAUUUAUUUCAUUAGUUUAUUUCAUUUUUUUCAUUCAUUUUUGUUCAAGAUUAAGCAACUUCUGGUAACAAUUUCAAUUGUUUAUAUAAAUGGCGAUCAAUUUCAUCAAUAAAAUCAGAUUCAAACUUA